UUUGUUUACAAACUUCCCCAACAUUUGCGCUCUGCAAUGUCGACAGCGUUGACAAUCAGCUGCAAGUGUUCAACAGUUCAGUGUCGCCAUCGAAACUCAGGCCGUUCAGGUGGCGCGCUAGUCUUCAAGGGGCGCCUUUGCAACGAAGUCUGUCAGUUUGCAUUUCAAAAUACAUCUGAAUUUGGGUCUCGAAACUAUUUCUGAAGGGCGGAUAAACUAAUCGUGGGAAUAAUGUGGAAGAAUUUUAUACCAAACUCUACCGAUGAGGAGACAGUGAACAACGCGUUUUGCACAAAUGGGUUGUUUAAAAUAUCGAGUGAAAGCGAAGUAACUGUCUACCCUCGGGUACGAUCGCAAAUCCAGAAUGGGAAACUACUUCUAUGUGUCGAUAGCAGCAUUAUUUUACUGGAAGACGAAAAUGUUAUGGCAUGCAAUUUCCUUACUUUUGGAGCACUGAUUGAUUCGCUGGCGGUUUCUAAUUCGGGAAAUGUUAUCAUUUGUGCUUUAGCUGAUGGAAAUAUCCAUGGUAUAUAUGUGAAAGGAAUACCUAUAUUUAAUUUGUGCGUAAGUGGAGAGGAUUUGAGUGAAGGCGGAACAUUCGCGGGUAUUCAUCAAGUGGAGGACUCCUUUUAUAUUAUGUGUCGAAAUGGGAGUAUAUACAGACUAUUUAAUAUCGACGAGAAGCUCCUAGAAACGUAUUCUGAAGAUACAGUUUGUGAGAACGAAUCCAGGCUCUAUAAUGAAAGUUUCCUGAAAAACACUAUGCUGGAGAAAGUUUCCGCACCGAAAUUUUGCAGUGUGGUAUCAUCCUUUUGUUUUAUGUGUACACAAGAAGCAAAUGAAACGGAAGAUAGUGGUCCCCAGUCGAUAUUGGGCAAUGAACGGUUUUUAUAUUUUCAAGACUCAAAAGAGUAUCUGCAAUUGCCAAUUCCAACAUCUUUAGAAGGAAUGAAAAUGCUGUAUAAUUUGGAACAUAUGAUAAUCGGGCUAAGUCACAGCGGUCAUAUAUUUGAAAUUUGUCCCUAUACGAAAAUGCUACUCCAUCCAUUCACUGAAAAUUUAGAUUAUCUGAUUGAUGAGUUCAUAGUGCUCGAAAAUAAUGAAGACAUAAUUGAACUUUUGCUACUAACAAAGCCGGAGCAGCUAGGAACCCGUUUUAUGAAGAUUGUAGAAUUCCCUUCUAUGACUUGUAAGAACGAGCUCUCUAUGCCACAGCAUACAUGGCUGGUGCAGCAACCAAAAACCGCAGUCAAUAUCUAUUACCUGUCAGGUGACGAUUUCAAUGAGUUUGAUCUACCUCAAGAAAUCGAAAUGAAAAUCAUGUGCGAAACGCAGCCGCAAGAAAGGCUCAAAAAGUUAAUUUGUAAAGGUCGGCUGGACGAAGCCGAGCAAUUUGGGAGGCAGUUCAAUUUAAAUUUGCAGCCAAUCUGUGAAGCAAAAGCGAAACGUAAACUAUUGGAAAUAUCCCUUUUGGAUGAAAAUCAGUAUGAUGAGAUCAAUAGAAAAUUUGCUGAAUUCUUGGAAAUUUGCAAAACCGUGGAAAGCAACGAAUUUGUUCUGAGUAUUCGUGACUCUGAAAUACCGAGUCGUAGUAUAAUGGAGAAAUUUCUACAAGAAAUAUUGUCACGGCUUAAAGAUGAAAAAUAUCACCAAAAUAUCCUUCAUAUUAAAGAACAGCUAUUGCGUCUCGAGACGCUUAACAUAAUUGAUCCAUAUGAAACGAAUAUGCAAUGGCAAAAGUUUGUACAUCAUCCAAAUAUCGCUAAAGUUUGCGUGUUAUUAUUCAAAACGGACAUGCUUAGCGCUUGUAUAGUUUGGAAGCGGCAUGCGGCUUGUAUCGUGCCAUUUCUCGACGUUGAUAGUAUUUUGAAGUUAUUGAAUGCCAUUCCACAGUCAACUGAAGCCUUCUUCGUAAUUCAGUGGCUCCGUUACUUUAUCCCUAGCGUGUUAACAACUCAUCCUGCUGCUAUGUCUUACCUAGUAGAGUGGAGUUUACAAAAAACAAGAUCGCUUCAAUUCUCUAACCAUUGGCCUGAAGUUGGUUUAGAGUUUUCUACCAAGAUACUGGGUAUCUUCGAAGAUGUCGAGUUUUUAUAUUCAGAUUUUCGUCGUCAAUACGAUUUCAAUAUCGACAAGUUGAAAGCUAUUGUGAACGCUUUGCAGGAUUUAUCUGUACUUAAGAAGAGCUAUAAUCUCAUUUUGACUUUGGAUAGCUACGUCAAGGAUACAAUGGACGAUACGGCACUUCGUAUUCUUCAAGGAGUUCAACUGAGCAAUUUGAAACGGGUCACAUCGGACUUUCUCUGCCCUAUUUAUUCGGAGAAAGGGAAAACUCCAGUCAUUGCCAUCAAGAAGUACAUCAACUUCCUCGUUUCAAACCGGAAGAAAAAUACUCUUUGGUUAGAACGAGCUGUUGUUUCAAUUAGCAUGCUUCACGACGAAGAAGAGAAACUUGCCAGCGCUCUUCUAGUAUUGAAGAACUCUCCAGUGCCAUGGCCAGAUUCAGUCAGUCCACUAGUGAAACUUGGUAACUCGAGUCAUCCACUGGCUGCAGAAAUUCAAACACAAUACGACCUACAAACAAUUAAAAUAUUGAAAGCGAAAUAUGGUUGGCCUCUCGAUUCCCCUGAUGACCACAUGAAGUUGGUGUUUCGGAUCAUUAAACUUGGCCAUCCGGAAAUGAUUAACGAUAUCAAUGACUUGGCAAAAGUGUGUCCUGAGAUAAGCAGUAGUGCCAAUUUUUACUGUUGCUAUGAAUUAGCUAGAAAGGGUCAAGUGAAUAAUGCUGCACAGUUUCUACAUAACAUUGAUAAAAAGCAGCGCACUGAGUGCUACGACAAAAUUACGAAUAUCUUCACAGCAAUAUUUUCAGAUCCAAUCGAUGAUUCAAAGGACUACGAUAACUUAUUCGAAUUUUUGAAAGUUAUCACUCCAGAUGGUAGCAAAUAUAACCGCGAAAUGCUCUUGAACUUACAGCAUUUGCAUCUGCUACGAAAAAACUUCGACCUAAAAGUUUCGCCCGAGAAUCUAACUUGUAAACUAAGCCGUAUAGAAAUACUUUCGACAGGAGUAGAUUCUAUUAUGAAAAAAUUGAAAGAAUGCCAGACAAAUAUUGUACACUUUAUGUGGACUCAUGUUACAGAACUAUCAAUUUUGUUGAAUGUCGAAAAAAUGCUCGGUGUUUUAAAACUAGCAAGGAAAAUUAAUAAGCUUGAAGUUUCAUGUGCCCUAGCUUAUUAUGCGCUUAAUGUGGAAGAAGUUUCACGAGCAAACUAUGAAUUUUAUGUGGAUUUUGCGGCUCUGCUUAUAUGCCAGCACAUUGAAGCUGUGUCAAAAGAAGAAAAUUUUUCAACUGAUCCCCUGGCAUACGCACUUGCCUAUAAGCUCCUAGUUGAGGGAUUAAAGUUUGGUAAACUCAUCCAAUUGGAGAUAAUCCAUUUUCUAAACUGGAUUCGAAUCGGUUAUGAAAACUAUGCACUUUCUGCUAUACCUGAUUACUAUGGAGACAUUGACAUCAUCGACAAAAGGAUUGUAGACAGAUUGCAAAGACCAGCCACCACACCAGGACAAAAUGGAGUACCUAGCAAAAAUGUAUGCGAGGCAAUUUGCGUUUUCGAUAAAAUUUCUGAAAUACCAGAAACUGUAAAAUACACAAAUGACCCGACUCCGAUUAUCAGAUGUGUGUCAAUGGCGCUGCUUGCCUUAUUAAAAACAAACCUCGAAAACUUGCCAUUUCGUUUAAAUUUAUUUAUUAAUCCAGAUAUCGAAAUCAGUGCAGAUGAGGUUAGAACUACUUUCCUGAAAUACCUGGAACAUUUGGUGAAAUGUAAACAGCACAGCAGUUGGUAUUCGAUCGUUCAGUGUACAUUGAAAUACCAAACGACAGACCCCAUAAUACCAAAGAAAAUGAUAGUUAUAAAUAAAAUGAAAUUAUACAAAUUUUCUUUAUCGCAAAAGGAACCGAAUUUUAUUGAUUUAUUCUCAAAAUUGUUGGCAGAUUCCAAUCCAGAAGCCUGCCUUAAAUAUUUGGAAAAUGAACUGAAAACAGGCCAGCCUAAGUUAAAUUAUCUUAUCCUUGCUGAAAUGUAUCACACACACAUGGGAGAUAAUGAUAAAAUUUCUUCAGACAGAGAGCAACGAAUGAAAUACUUCUACUACACUGAGUUAGUUAAACACGAUUCAGCAUUGAAAUGUAAGGAAUUCAUUUCAAUCUCUAUGCUUAUGAAGGAGCUUAAAAAUAAAGUAUUAGAUGUUUCACUUUUGAAAAGAAUGAGUUACGAUUUUGAUUGGGAUUACCAACAAGUUCUCGUAUCACAAAUUAUAUCUCUGCUAAGUAUGCAGGAGCCUUCGUACGAAAUCAAAACCGAUGCCUUCGAGAAAGAGCAGAUUACGAUGAAAACAUCUGCUGACCAAAUUCGGGACAUGUGUCAACCUUACAUUAAAGAGAUUACGCAGACUGGACACCUUGCAUCACAGUUAUUGAAUUUCAUUACGGAGAUAAAUUUCUAUUUUUACGAACUGUAUUUAUGUGUCAUUGAUAUUUUAACAUACAUAAAUUCGUUACCGAAAGAAAUGGAAUUGUGGGCGAACAUGCUACUGUUCUUGAAGCACAAAAUGGUUACUAAGCGUCGCAAUCGCGCAGGGCAGAUAGAAAUGGACUGGUGGUUGAAAUCGCAGCCGGAUAUAGGAGUAUUACCAAAAAUUGCAAAGUAUCGUUUUCCGUUCAUGCCACUCGUGCAGGAGCCACUAAAGAAUAUAUUAGAUUGUGAGGUGAAUGUGGAUAAUUGCGAAAGUUGGUUUCCGUUGAUUAAAUUGCAUACAGUAAAUCAAGGAAAAAGAACACAUAAUGAAAUUGUGCAAGAACAGGAGUACUUUUGCAUGUCGGCUGUGAAAAAUUCGAUAUCCGAAUAUAAGCAACAAGACGAGGAAACCGAUACGGACGUCUGGCAUUUGCAACCAAUCAAUAAUGCUUUUCUACAAUCGAUCCUCCGCCUAACGCGUCAUAUGACAAACGCAUCAAAAACACUCUUUAUUCUGUAUUAUGUGACGAACCAUGCACCCGAUGGAGCCGAUCAGGUUGAAGCUGCAGCUGAAUGCUAUAAAUUUGCAGUACAAAACGAAAAAAGCCUGUCUGAAAAUAAGAAAGCGGAUGAGACAGUAAAAAAGAUAAAACGAAAAUAUCCAUUAAUCAAAACCCAACAUUUGCUGCACACAUAUGGAUUGAUCGAUGAUAAGUUGUUGCAAUUAGCCGAAAAUCCGAAGGAACUAAUAUUUAUGCUAUAUCACCACGAAUCGAUUUUAAAAACGCCAAAGGCAGACAUAAAUAAUCUGGUCAUGGAAAUAUCAAAGCUACACAACUUGGACUGCCAUUUGAUGCAAGUCGCAGUGCUGCAAAAUUGGGUGACCUGUACAAAUUCGGGCGAUUCUAUUGAUGGGGAGGAAACAUUUUAUGAAGAUUUGAAUAUGUCCAUGAAUAACAUAGAUACAGUCAAUGAUGAACACAUUAUAAGAGCUCAUUAUAUUUUGAGUAGUUGGGAAACGUCGAAAGCUAUUGAAUUUCUAAUAAGGCAUAUGUUUCCAGUAGAGGGUCCCACAAAUACUGCUAAGCAACUGCAAAUUUUCGAAUGCUUUUCAAAGCUCAUAGGCGAUUCAACUGCAUCCUACAUGAAUAUAGUCAGCCAGAAACAAUACGUCAUUUUGAAAUGCGUCCAUUAUCUCAAACAGCUCGGCUAUAAUAUCACAGUUGAAAAGUUUGCGGAAUAUGAUAAGCUGAAUAUAUUGAAGAAAAUUUGGCAAACUCACGCAAAUAAUUCACUAGCUCUUGAAGCAAUCUCAUAUAUAUGUAUGGGCCACAAAAUCUUCAUACCAACAAUAUGGAACGGGGUACUGAAACAGAUGGUCAAUUUAAAUAUGGUUUCUAAGUUAAAUGCGUUAGUCGACGUUUUAUCUUGUGAGCCAUCUUUACUGUACACGGAAGGAUUAGCGGCAGCAUGGGAAUGCGUACUACGUGCUCCAUUCAAAAACGCCAAUCAAUCAAGGUCAUAUGAGCAGGAAAACAUUUUAACCAAAAAUCUAUGCAGAAUUCAGGCUUGUCCCUUAGUUAAACAACUGAAUCUCAUAGCAUUCACAGAAGAUUGUAUUAGGCUGGAUCGCCUUCAUAUGGCUGCAAUUUUUGUAGCGCUUGCCAACAAAAAACAGAAGGAAUUAAUUAUCCCGCUAAUUAAUCAACAAAAAAAAGAACAUUUGAAGCAGGAGAUCAUAGAUUUAGAGGAAGCUGGUAUUUCGCCGACAAUAAUUAAUUUUUCUCUGCGAGAACUGAAGUUAUAGACUAUCGUAUGUUAAGAUUUUGUUUAAAAAAAUAAAGCGUUUGUGUACUUAGAAGCCUGUUAUCUGGGAUUAUUCGCUGAAACUAUAAUCAAUAUAAUCAAAAACUGGCCCAAUUCCCGUUGUUGAAUCUAACCUGAGCUGCAUCCAAUAGUUAAAUCAUGAUCAUACUUUCCAUUCUUGUGUUCUUUGACGUGCCUUGUUUUGUUUUGAGAACAGGAGGAGGAGGAAAAGUUAAUCUGAAGACCAGAAUUGAGUGGAUGUUGUUCGAGCUACUCACUAGGCUAUGCUUCGAUAUGGGAGAUGGAAUUCACAUUGACACUCACAACCUUAAAGCGCUGUGCUGCUGCUGUGUCCAAUUAAUUAGAGGAGUGAACAACAUUUUCUAAAAACAAACAUUUUGUGUUUUUUAACAAUAAACAAAAAACAAGCAGGUUUAGCAAUAGUGUCUUCCCAUGAAAUCUAGAGCAAUUUGGAAAUGAAAAGCGCUCUGUUAUUUAAAAACUUGAAGUUCACUUUCUGAAUUUAGUAGAAGUAUCUGACUGAUCAUCGUCUGGUAGACGGAGAUUAUUUGGCGGAUGCUCAUAUGCAAGGGUUUCGUUGUUGUUAAAGGGGGUUUCAGGGGGUAAAGUAUUGGGUUAAUUGGGUUAAACUAUUGCGAUCAUUAUUGUGUUGAAAGUAAUGUCUCAUCUGACGACUUUGUAUCGCUAAGUUGAUUUUUAUUGGAAGUUUACUUUUAGUUAAGAUUAUUAAGGUUUACUUUUAGUUAAGGUUGGGAACGGUAGAGUAUAUGCUUCAAAACUACAAUAUUUAUUGGUUAUUUAACCUACCAAUGGACACAUUUUGCACAGCCGCAAUUUCAAUUAAGCGUAGAUGUUUUAUUCAUUUUGUACAAGACUAAUUCAUUGACAUGUAAAGCUAAAUCAUAGAGAAUUACAUCCGAAAUAGACCUAUCACUGUAA